AUGCCGCUAUCCAGUGCAACCACAUGUUUCUCGGCUCUGCUCGCCGGCAUCCUCAGUCUCAACGUGGUCAGCUGUAGUCCGAUACUGUCAAGCGCUCAACCCAUGUCACCAGCCGAAUGGUCUGCCCUGGUCAAGCGAUCACCAAUAUCCGCCUCAGCCAUGGACGACUGGCCUACGAAUGUCAUCAUGCUCGGCGGCUCAGAAACGUACGGCAUGUGGGUACCACAGGAUGGAGAAUGGCACGAUGUCGGCGACAUAAUGUGUCUCGAUGUGCCAGCUUACAACAUCGUCAACUGUGGAAGUGUGACCAUCGACAACGUUGGUGUAGUUACUGGUUACGGUCCUUGCACGUUCAUUGGCAGUACUGGAUGGUCUGCAUCUGUCUCUGGUGCAUCGGGUGCGGGCUACAAGACUGUUGGGCCGCCGCAGACUAUUUCCCAGGUGUGGUGUUCUACUUGA